AUGUUCUUCGGCGGAGGAAAGCAGUUUAUCACCGGCGUCUAUGUCCUGGUCACCCUGUUGGCUCUCUGGGUCAAGGUGGUCUCAGGCGCCGGCCGCUUUGAGCUCCAGGUGGACUCGGUCCAGAACAUCAAGGGGCGGGUCCAGACGGGUGCCUGCUGCGGCGGCGCCGGCCCGGGCGGCGUCUGCGCGGCGUGCGCCACCUUCGCCAGGGUGUGUCUGAAGGAGUUCCAGCAGCGGGUGUCGGCGGGCGGGCCGUGCAGCUACGGGGCCACGGACACCCCGGUGCUGGGCGGGAACAGCUUCACCCUGGGGGGCCAAGGGCCCGGCCCGGACACGGGGAGGGCUGUGGUGGCGUUCAGAUUCGCGUGGCCGCGGUGGUACACCCUGACAGUAGAGGUGUUGAACCUCAGUAACACCAGCGCGGCGGGGGUUCUGAUCGCGAGGGCGGUCCACACGGGGGUUCUGGCGCCGGGCGUGGGCUGGCGGGCCCUGCGCCACGAGGAGCCGGUGGCUCAGCUGCAGUACCGCGUGCGGCUGCUGUGUCUCGAAAACUACCACGGCCCCCGAUGCACACGCUACUGCCGGCCGAGGGACGAUUCAUUUGGACACUACGGGUGCGACGCCCACGGAGACAAGACCUGCCUGGAGGGAUGGGGCGGCCCGGGCUGCACCACUGCCAUUUGCAGGCAGAGUUGCAGUACAGAACAUGGAUACUGCAAAGUACCUGGAGAGUGCAGGUGUCGUUAUGGUUGGCAUGGCGACCUGUGUGACCAGUGCGUCCUGUAUCCCGGGUGCGUGCACGGCUCAUGCACUCUGCCCUGGCAGUGUCUCUGUGACACCAACUAUGGAGGACAGCUCUGUGACAAAGAUCUGAACAGCUGUGGAACGCGCCAACCAUGUCUAAACGGGGGGAGCUGCAGCAACACAGGGCCUGAUAAAUACACCUGCUCCUGUCCUGCUGGGGUCACUGGUACACACUGUGAGACAGGUGAGACACCUAUACAGCAACUCACACACGCAUAUGUACGCAUCCGUUGUCGUUGCACACACAUUUAUCUCUCGAUUUCUCCCCCUCUCUCUCUCUCUCUCCCAGGCAUAGAUGAGUGUCUCUCUCUCCCCUGCCAGCAUGGGGGGGUGUGUAAGGCGGUGGUCUCCGGGUUCCGGUGUGUGUGCCCUCCCCAGUGGACCGGAAAGACCUGCCUCAUUGACGCUGACGAGUGUGAGCAGAACCCUUGUGAAAACGCCCACCCCUGCCGGAACCUGAUUGGAGGAUACUUCUGUACAUGUCUUCCUGGUUGGACGGGACAGAACUGCGACACUAACGUCCAUGCCCCGCCUGCGACGCCACCCCCUGGCCUCCUCCCCGCCAAGGCCAGCGAACGCUCGGUCCCCUUGCUGGUUGCCGUGGCAGUGUUUGCCUUGCCUCUGCUCAUUGUCACGCCGUUACUAUGGUUCUUGUGGCAGAAACAGAAAGCCCACGCCGGCGUCAUCACUCUGCCGUUGCCAACGGCGACCGUGGUCAACAACGUUUUAACCAGCACGGCGAGUGGCACCCGGGAACAUCUCGGACACAUCAAGAACGCCAUCAACACGCCCGCCCACCGUCACCAUGCCAACAACACCAACACAACCAGCCAGACCCAUCUCCCCCCAUCUUCCAACAGAGAGGUGAACGUGGGGCUCAGUGCGCUCUUAGGGCCCAACGAAGCCGCUGGUGCGCAACAUGUGUAGCGGCCCCUAGUGGCGACAUCCUAGUACUGACGAUGGGAAAGUGGUCUGAACGGCAGGGCCGGAUCCUGAUUCCUGAUACCCAGACCCAGUACACGGAGGAUCAGUUGUGUUGCCUGCAGACGGGGGUAUCAGCCGGGUGGCCGUACGUAUAUUGGGAUGGAGUGUUCAUAUGGAGCGUUGCCCAGUAAAACGUGUUAUUACUUUUGGUUAAUGUUGGGUGUUUUCACCUCAUCUUCCUCAGGUGGUCCAUUUUGUUUUGAGCCAAAGCAUUGUCAGUUUUGUAAACUCAAGAAUUGACUCUGACCAUGACAAGGUUAUUUUUCUUAAUAGAAAAUGUUUUGUUAGUUUCUAUGAAAGUUUUGUUGAACUGUUUCCACAAUUGUUUUUUUAUGUAAUGAAGGAGGGGUGGGAGGAGCCUAGUGAUCUCACUGCCCUAGGCCAAUCAGAAGGUGGCAGACAUGUUGCUUGCCACCAAAUUAUUCUGUUCCAACAGAUGAGAA